AUGGCCAACGACGAUUGGACAAACCUGCUUCAUGAUCACCCCAUAUUCUCUCUCCCAAAACCGCUUCACGAUAAAAAUGCAAGUUCGCUCAACGUCUUGGAACUGUCUACCAACACUCUUCAGAAGUUCACCGAGCUUGACCCUCAUGAAGAUGGCCUGACACCUUCUGGACGACGCCAGACCAUGGUGUUUAAGGAUUCAGAUAUAAUUGUGGCAGGGCGCAAAGAGAUUCGUAUGGCGUCCUUUGGCGAUGUCAAAAUGGGUGGAAGUGCCAGGAAAUCUUACAAGAUACUGCAUACCCCAAGUUUGCAAUUCGAAAUUCAUCAAAUAUCCCUCAAUCCUAGUGGCAAAUUGCUUGCUGUGGCUGGUGCAUUUCAAGUCGCUGUUCUAGUUCUGCCGCGUGCUGGCUAUAGCAGGCUUGUUCCAGAGUCAGUUGACUGCAAGUCUGUGCAAGUUGGCCAAUUCUAUCAUGCUGCGCAAAAUUCUGCUCCAAUCGCGAAGAUUGACUGGCAUCCAUGGGGAGAGGCUGGCUCUACUCUCCUUGUAAUGACAGCUGACGGCAGAUUGAGGGAGUACGAUAUAUCAGUCGAUACUGAAGAACCACAACAGGUUUUGACCUUCGUACCGGAAAAGAAAUCCAAGAGCUUCAUGGCGGAAGAUGACUCCGAGCGCGAAGUUGCAUCGUUUUCAUUUGGAAAAGGUCGAGCCGACUGGGGUCCGCUUACAAUUUAUGCAGUUAUGAAGUCAGGAGACAUCUAUUCGAUGUGUCCGUACUUACCACAGAACGCGUCAGUACCUUCUUCGUACAUCCACUCAUUGGAGUGUUUUAUCUCGGCCAAGCAAGAGUUUUUGACUUGCGGCGCCUCACCAUACAUUUCAACAAAUCUAUCCACCGUCUACGACUAUCAGCGCAAAUAUGUCAAUGCACUAGUCAAGCAGUUGCCGCCCGGAACCGUAUUCCCUGCCCCUUCGAGACCAGUCGCUGUGUACCCUCCCACAACUAUAAAAGCCCAGCCCCUUCGCCAAGGUCCAUUCCUUCUCCAGCCUUCUCCAAGGCUACUUGAGGGUAGCGAAGGCGGUGAUGCUACAGACAUCGCUUACCUUGCGUUUGGGACAGAUGACGAGGACUCUACAGAUGACGUGAGGGAUACUGAACAUCUCGGAAUCGUCUUGGUAUCUUAUCAGGAUGGAAAAAUUGACCUCUUCCUCGAUGUGGAAAAAGUGGAGGCCAGAUGGGAUAUCAAACAAACCUCAAGUCGUGAAUUGCCCAUGCUCGCUGUUUAUGAGAGCAUCGAUCUCGGACUUAUAUCAAUGCUCAACGAAGUUACUGUUGACUCGAAGACAAAGUCUAUGCUUGACCUUUUACGGGCUAACCAUCCGGUUUUGCUAGUUGAUCCACUACACGACGACAUGGUCUAUGUCUAUCACGCCUUCGGUGUGCAUGCCCUGGACAUUUCUCCCGUGCUUCAGAGUCUAUCGGCUGCUUUGAAAGAAGAGUCGGAAGACGAAUCUAUCUUGGAAAAGAGCCUCGGAAAAUCAACGGCUACAAAUGUUCGGCCACUUCUAAAUACUUUCUCUGUGGAAAGAGGGUGCUCCAAUACAAUUGUGGCUGUUGCAGUUCCAAACGACGUUUACCUCAGUUAUAGUAUCUUCAUUCUAACGUCCAUGAUGCGGAUGACUAGUUUCCCACUGAACAUCCGGUCGGACCCAGUAAUUGAAAGAAGAAGCAAUGUAGCUGGAUCCAGUGAAUCGACUCUAGGCGUCCAGAGCCCAUGGCUUAUGCCAGUGAAAGGCGUUCCUAACUAUAUGUCAAUAUUGGCAUCUGAUCCCUACACCAUUCCAUCCAUCCUCGCCAACUCAUCUGGUCUUCCUACAAACCCAACACUCUCCUUGCCAAGCCAGCCAUCUGGGUCAAAAGAAUUUGUGCUCACUCCGGACACAUUAAGAUUCAUCGGCAAGACCGUGGCCCAUAUCUCUGCCCAAGUCCAGGAAAUCCACAUUGCCUACCGGGCCGCGGCUACACGGCUAGCACUUCAAAAGCAAGAGUUGGGCCGGCUAACUCAGAGAUGUAGAGACGCGGAAGCGUCCGUUGAGAGAUUAAAGGGGCCUACGAGGCAGGUCACCGAUAUGAGGCUUGCCCGAGUUCAGCAGGAGCAAAAGGCUUUGUUGGCUAGGCUGGAUCGAUUGCUUCAAGCACUGAUGGAGAAGGCUUCCCCAGAGCUGAGUGAGCAUGAAACCAAAUGGUUCGAAGAGCUCAAACGUAUGAAGGAAGACGUACUGGGGAGAGGGAGGUACGAUGAAAAUUCUUUGCUCAACCGCGUGCGACUGCUUGAGAAGGAGUAUAGACGAAUUCUGCCAUCUUUACAAACUCUAUCCGAGAAGGAGAAAGUUAGGAAGCGACUAGAAGAAAGUCAAAGCCUUGGGGUCUCUCAGGCAUUCGAGUAUGGUGAACGAUCAAAUAUUCACCGAACACGGAUCGCUGGCAUUGAGAAGCAAAUCUCGAAACUAGCUGUCCGUAUGGACCUGCCACUAAGUCGGCACCCGUCAGGUUCAUGA